GUAAGGGGUGGGCUGUAGAGCCUCGCCUCCGCGCUGGGGUGGUGGGCCCUAAGGGCCCAGCCGAACACCAGGAGGUACCGCCUCGCCUCGCGAUGGGCUGUGAAUGAAACUAUGUAGCCUUUUAUGAAGCUCUCUCGGACCCGUCUGAAGUCCAUAUGGCUCUAUAUGAUGAAGAUCUCCUAAAGAACCCUUUCUACCUGGCUCUUCAGAAGUGGCGCCCUGACCUGUACAGCAAGGUGGCCCAAAUCCACGGCAUUGUCCUGGUACCCUGCAAAGGAAGCCUUUCCAGCAGCGUCCAGUCUUCUUGUCAGUUUGAGUCCUACAUUUUGAUCCCAGUGGAAGAGCAUUUCCAGACCUUAAAUGGAAAGGACGUCUUUAUUCAAGGAAACAGGAUUAAAUUAGGAGCUGGUUUUUCCUGUCUUCUCUCAGUGCCCAUUCUGUUUGAAGAAACUUUCUACAAUGAAAAAGAAGAAAGUUUCAGUAUCCUGUGUAUAGCCCACCCUUUGGAAAAGAGAGAGUGUUCAGAAGAGCCUGCAGCACCCUCAGAUCCCUUUUCCCUGAAAACCAUUGAAGAUGUGAGAGAAUUUUUGGGAAGGCACUCGGAGAGAUUCAACAGGAACAUCGCCUCUUUCCACCGAACAUUCCGGGAGUGUGAAAGGAAGAGCCUCCGUCACCACAUAGACUCUGUGAAUGCUCUCUACACCAAAUGCCUCCAGCAGCUUCUGAGGGACUCUCACUUGAGAAUUCUCGCCAAGCAGGAGGCCCAGAUGAGCCUGAUGAAGCAGGCAGUGGAGAUGUACGUGCACCAUGAAAUUUAUGAUCUGAUCUUUAAAUACGUGGGCACCAUGGAGGCAAGUGAGGAUGCCGCCUUUAACAAAAUCACAAGAAGCCUGCAAGAUCUUCAGCAAAAAGACAUCGGAGUGAAGCCUGAGUUCAGCUUCAACAUCCCCCGUGCAAAGAGAGAACUGGCUCAGCUGAACAAAUGCACCUCCCCACAGCAGAAGCUGGUCUGUUUGCGAAAGGUGGUGCAGCUGAUCACACAGUCUCCGAGCCAUCGAGUUAAUGUGGAGACCAUGUGUGCUGACGACCUGCUGUCCGUCCUGCUGUAUCUGCUUGUGAAGACAGAGGUCCCUAACUGGAUGGCAAAUUUGAGUUAUAUCAAAAACUUUAGAUUCAGCAGCUCAGCAAAAGAUGAAUUGGGAUACUGCCUAACCUCCAUUGAAGCAGCGAUUGAAUACAUUCGGCAAGGAAACCUCUGUGUGAAACCGCCUGAAUCGGAGGGAUUUGGCGACAGGCUGUUUCUUAAGCAGAGAAUGAGCUUACUGUAUCAGAUGACUUCAACUCCUAUCGAUUGCCUGUUUGAGCACAUCGCCUCGGGUAACCAGAAAGAAGUGGAAAGACUCCUGAGCCAGGAAGAGCAUGACAAAGACACCGUCCAAAAGAUGUGUCACCCUCUGUGCUUUUGCGAUGACUGUGAGAAGCUCAUCUCUGGGAGGCUGAAUGAUCCCUCAGUUGUCACUCCGUUCUCCAGAGAUGACAGAGGCCAUACACCUCUCCACGUGGCCGCUCUCUGUGGGCAGGCAUCUCUCAUCGACCUCCUGGUUUCCAAGGGUGCGGUGGUGAACGCCACAGACUAUCAUGGGUCCACUCCGCUUCAUCUGGCCUGUCAGAAGGGCUAUCAGAGUGUGACGCUGCUGCUGCUCCACUACAAGGCCAGUGCUGACGUGCAGGACAACAACGGCAACACCCCGGUCCACCUGGCCUGCACUUACGGACACGAGGAUUGUGUGAAGGCUCUGGUCUACUACGACACGCAGUCAUGCCGGCUGGACAUCGGCAACGAGAAAGGAGACACCCCCCUGCACAUCGCUGCACGCUGGGGCUACCAGGGCAUCAUAGAGACGUUGCUACAAAACGGAGCCUCCACGGAGACGCAGAACAGGCUGAAAGAGACGCCACUCGCGUGCGCCUUGAACUCCAAGAUCCUGUCUGUCAUGGAAGCCCGUCAUCCGUCCCCGGAAAGGAGGCCGAAGUCUUCAGAGGUCCCGGCGACGUCUCCUCAGCACUCUGUGGAUUCCAUCAGCCAGGGCUCCUCCAUCUCCAGCUUCUCCUCCAUGUCGGCGAGCUCCAGGCCAGAGGACAGCAAGAAAGAUUAUAGAGAGGUAGAAAAACUUCUAAGAGCGGUUGCUGAUGGAGAUCUAGAAAUGGUGCGUUACCUUCUGGAGUGGACAGAGGAGGACCUGGAUGACGCCGAGGCUCCUGCCAGCGCAGCAGACCUGGAAUUCUGUCACCCCUUGUGCCAGUGCCCCAAGUGCGCUCCGGCUCAAAAGAAGCUGGCAAAGAUUCCUGCCAACGGGCUUGGCGUGAACGUGACCAACCAGGAUGGCUCCUCCCCACUACACGUGGCCGCCCUGCAUGGCCGGGCAGACCUCAUCCCAUUGCUAUUGGAGCACGGUGCUGACACAGACGCCAGGAACGCAAGCCACGCCGUCCCACUGCACCUGGCCUGCCAGCAGGGCCACUUCCAGGUGGUCAAGUAUCUAUUAGAUUCUAACGCAAAACCCAAUAAGAAGGAUGUGAGUGGAAACACCCCCCUUGUUUAUGCCUGUUCCGGCGGCCACCACGAAGUCGCAGCUCUGUUGCUCCAGCACGGGGCCUCCAUCAACGCUUUUAACAACAAGGGCAACACGGCGCUGCAUGAGGCUGUGCUGGGAAGGCACGUCUUCGUGGUGGAGCUGCUUCUGCUUCACGGAGCCUCGGUUCACUUGCUGAACAAGAGGCAGCGCACAGCCAUUGACUGCGCCGAGCAGAAUUCGAAAAUAAUGGAAUUACUUCAGGUUGUACCAAGCUGUGUUGCCACGUUAGAUGAUGUUGCCGAAACAGACCACAAGGAUUAUGUUACUGUCAAGAUCAGGAAAAAAUGGAACUCAAAAAUAUAUGAUCUACCAGAUGAACCUUUUACAAGACAAUUUUACUUUGUCAGCUCGGUUGGUCAGUUUAAUUUCAGGGGAAAGACUUCGAGGGAGAUUAUGGCAAGAGAUAGAAGUGUCCCUAAUCUUACAGAAGGUUCUCUGCAUGAGCCAGGGAGGCAGAGUGUCACCCUGGAACAGAAUAACCCGGCCGACCAGAGCAGGGCUCACACUGCAGACAGAGGAAACAGAGACUGGCCCCAGAGGCCUGGCAUGAAACAAACCGCUCCCGGGAAUAGGCGGAUGGUCCGCAGACACACGGUGGAUGACGCGGUGGGACCCACGGGCCAGGAGGCUGCUGGCAACAGAACCACUCCCCAAGAGGCCAGUACUCCCCAGUCUUCACAGAAAUAAGGAGUUGUGGAAUUUUCUGCCAAGAAGUACGUGCAAGGAGAGUGUGCUUUCAAAUACCUGGCUGGAGAAGCAGCUUCAGCAGGACGUUCUGAGAGCGUUUCUGUGGCUGAGGCAAAGAAUGUGACAAAAAACUCACCAUUUCUCUUCUCUUCAAAGCUAAUGAACACACUUGAAAAGGAAUGGCCGCAAUUCCUGUAAUGUCUAGAUCCUGACGCCCACGGUACUGUUUCUAACAAAGUGUUAGGGUUCCCUGUUGUAGGGCGAGGUUUGACCAGCAGAUCUGACCUCCUCCUACUGAAAGGUGCUGAACUCGAGUCCGGUUGUAAGUUAGGUCCCACGGUACCGUGGAGGUCAGGAGGAACUAUCAGUUCUGAAUGAAGAAAGCCGCCAGGCAAUGCUUCUUUGCAAAGUAACACUUGAACCAAAAGUUGCCUAAAUGCCAUUUUGAUGUUCAUUUUAGUAAAAGGACAUAUUAGACCUGUUCUACACCACGCACGUGGGAAAAGUUAUGUGAUUUUCCUUCUAACAAAUUGAGUCCAGAUAUUUGGUUACUACCUACGAACCUGUAGCAGCGUUUGUAGAAACACCCGCUCUGUUAGGAGCCUCCCUUCAACAUCACACCUGACAGAUGGUGACUAGACUAGCAUGGACUUGGCACAUCUCUUCUUAGUCUUUCGAUUCAGAUUCAAAACUUACAGCACAAACCAGGUCAGUUACUUUAAAGUUGGAAUUUAUUGCCAUUUUUUCCUUUUUAUAAAUUUCUAUAGAUACUAUUUUUUUUGUUACUGGUCUAGCUGCGAACAUGGAUUUGUCCUGUGUGUACUUUCAGAUACCUUUGUGAUAGGGAAAUGGUUUUGUGCAUGUUCUUGGGAAUACUGUGUAUGUAUAGAAGGGAGGGAGUGAUUAUUUUUCUACAAAGUAAUUUAUGAUUUCUAAUGUUCUAAUGUGCCUUGGAUUUGUGCCAAAUGAUGGGAAAGAAACAGUAAACUUUGAUUCCUG